GUAGGUGGGGAGGCGGGGCGGGGGCGGGGCUCGUGGCCAGCCCAGGCUGUGCAGGGUAGGUGGGCGCAGACCGAGCGACUACGGGUCGGGGCUGGGCUCAGCGCGCUGCGAACAAAGGAGUCUGCGGCGGUUCCCGGCUCCGCGGAGGACCAAAGCUUCGCUGGACUCUUGAGGCUCCGCGGCUCCGGAUCGGCUUCCCCUCGGUUCCACCGCGGGCGCCGCGGCACCUGCCGCCGAGUGCUGCCCAGGAAGUCUGUCCCGUCCGGGGCUCAUGAUGGGGCUGAUCUUCGCUAAACUGUGGAGCCUUUUUUGUAACCAAGGGUUUGCUCCUCUGUUUUUUUCUGGACAUUUUAUUGCCAGUGCAUGCUAAGACGACUGCCAAAGAUGCACAUGAAUGUUUUCUUAUUAGCGAGCACAAAGUAAUCAUUGUGGGACUGGAUAACGCGGGGAAAACCACCAUUCUGUAUCAGUUCUUAAUGAAUGAAGUAGUUCAUACUUCUCCAACCAUAGGAAGCAAUGUUGAAGAAAUCGUUGUGAAGAACACUCAUUUCCUUAUGUGGGAUAUCGGUGGUCAAGAAUCUCUGAGGUCAUCCUGGAACACCUAUUACUCAAACACAGAGUUCAUCAUUCUUGUUGUGGAUAGCAUUGACAGGGAACGCCUGGCUAUUACGAAAGAAGAAUUAUACAGAAUGUUGGCCCAUGAGGAUUUAAGGAAAGCUGCAGUCCUUAUCUUUGCAAAUAAACAGGAUAUGAAAGGGUGCAUGACAGCAGCUGAAAUCUCCAAAUACCUCACCCUAAGUUCAAUCAAGGACCACCCGUGGCACAUCCAGUCGUGCUGUGCGCUCACAGGAGAAGGGUUGUGCCAAGGUCUAGAGUGGAUGACCUCCAGGAUUGGUGUGAGAUAAUUUUUUUGCUUGAAAAAGACUUCUCUAUUUAUUCGGUGAUAUGAACAUUUUUCCUAAUACCUUUGGCUGCUGAGGCAGCAGCAUGUUUAAUUUAUGACAACACAAACCUCCAAGUGACGCUUGAAUCAAGUGCCACUGUACUGGAACAUAAAGAUGUUUUCUUACCUUCGUUUCCCAUGUACUAAUCUCGGUCGGACGAGCAUAACGUGUCACUAUGUUGUAGAAGCCGGACUCUUCUGACUGUAUUCUAACUCUUCAGUGACUGCCUUGUUAAAAACCAUUUGUCAUAUAUUUCCUGACAUCUGAAGUUUCGUUAUGUCCUUUAUAACCAGUUUCUUUCACCUCUUGGCCACCAUGCUCUUUCCGAGAUACUGGUUUGACAGAAUAGUAGUGGGAACCGGCAUGUAUUAUUUAUUUAUCCAGCACUAAGCAUUCUUUGCUCUACAAACCCUUUUUGUCUUUUGGACAGAAUUAAUUACAGUGAAGAAAAUCUACCUAGACGUCCGUGUCCCCCCCACCCCCGUGUGUGUGUGUGUGUGUGUGUGUGUGUGUGUGUGUGUGUGUGUGUGUGUGUGUAAACAUCACAAAUACUUGCGUUUAAAUUUUCCUCACCUCAUUGCAUGUGAUAGUACAAUUUUAAGUUACUCUUUGCAUGGGAAUUAUUUAGUCCAUUUAUUUAUAUAAGGAAUUAAGCUCACUUUCCUACCAACCAUAUUUGGUUAAAAACUAAUGAAGGUGAAGCAUGAGUUUAAAACCCAGCUUCAGUGAUAAACACUAUUGGCUCCAUCUAGUAGCUAAGAUGUUUCAGUGUGUGUGUAACUGGCAGAAUUUGUAAAAACACACCAAUGUAAAUUAGAGCCAGGACACUUGGAGUAUGUUUUUCUGUCAGUUUCCUAUCUGCUUUAUUAUCAGUGUAACCUUCGCAGUUUUGUCAGAGAUACCACCCCUGCUCUGGCAGCAGACUUAGCAUAGACAGUUCUUUUGCUUUCUUAGGUUUGUAGUAGUGGCUGUCAGAGCAUCGUUAUCACCAGCAGUAUAUUACUGAAAGGCAUAAUAACAUGGUCUUUCCAUAAAUGUGGCUGUGGAUGAUGUGAAAGAGGCUUCAAAUUCUUUUUGCCCCACCUCCUGUCUCUGUGUAGGUAGAAUUGUUCCUAAACUCUUAUAGGGUGCUCUGAAUCUAUUCCUAGCUUUAGAAUGUUCCUAUGAGACUCAGUGUUCAUGUUCUGUCUGUUUGUUUGUUUGGCUGGUUUUCGUGUUUGUUUUGUUUUGUUUUGAUAGGGUUUCCCUCAGGAGUCCUUGCCCUGGAACUCACUAGGUAGACCAGACUGUCAUAGUCUUAGCCAUGUAGAUGGUUUAAUUGGUUACAGAAAUGGAAGGAAAGGGCCCAAUGCUGAAGUCAGACUUACUGGGCAGUGUUAAUGGUUCCCAAAGCAGUUGUCUAAGAUGAAAGUAAGAAUGAACCCUUAAGUUGAAAAGGGGACACGUGUUGUCAUUAGCCCUAUCUGUGUCAUCUGGCUCAUCUGCCUUAUGAAAGGGAUAAAGUGUGUAUGUACUAAGGGGUAGUUCUUAGGUUUUUUUUCAGUAUUUUUCAUUUAGAUCAAAAUAAGCUUCAGUGUUCAUAAAUACCUGCUCAAAAUUGGUAUUUUAAUUUCAGGGUUUUUGUAUGUAAGAUGCCUUAAAUUUUACUCUCUUUUGGGUUGUACUCAUUUGUUAUAUUUAGUUAAUUUAGUUGAAUUUGAUACUACUUUUUUUUUAGUGUUUGUCCCCUUGAUCUGAGAAAGUAGUUAGAGGGAAAUUUUUCUGAACUUUUGGGAAUUGUUUAAACUUUGAAUCUUUUUCUUAGUGAUUCUAUGUGAAGUAAAGGAUAAGUUUAAUUUUUUCUUGUGUGUUGUAAAUAUAACUCAUAAUCAAAGAUGAGAGAGAAAAGCAGAUAUAAAUCAGUGUGUAUGGUGCAUGGUGGUUGAGGGGUGGGGAUGGGAACUGAGAAAAUACCAGUUACUGAAAGCACACUUUGCCUGAAUUUUACUUUGUUAUAUUAUUUACCAUAAAUAUUAAAUAAUACUUCUCAUAAGCCUGUCCUCAGAAAAAGAAUAUUUAAUGUCCCAAUAUUUCUGCUUAUGAAAUAAUUUUCUGCCUUCUUGAAUCUAGUAAGAUUGGCUGGUUCAAUUUUCUUCUAUCAGAUAAUAUGGUUAUUUUUUAUAUUACCACAUCAGCAUUAUAUUGAAAGUGUUUUUUAAUAGUUGAUUGUAUUUUGUCAAACAGCUACUAGUAUAGAUGCAGAUUUGCUAUUUAAUUGUUGAAAGUACAGUUUAUUUUACUUGUAAAUCCUUUUUAAAGGCACAUGAUUCAUUUGGACUAGAAGCAACUGCUGUUAGUUAUUUGGAAAUGGAAUCAGCAUUCAAGUAGAUGUUGUGCUGUUGAUUGGAUAGGGCUCCUUGGGAAGUUCCUGUGAGACCUUUGCAGGGGCUUUUCAUCAGCCUUGCUGUUUGUUCAGUAGGAAACUAGCUAUGCUUUACUCCAAGAGAAUGUUUGGACCCCAAUAAGCAUAGGAUGCUAGAGAGUUUCACUUGAACAUUUGCUAUAAAUCGAAUGACUGUAAAAUAUUAUUUCAUGAACUUGUAAAUGUGUGAUGGGUGCCUUUGUUAUUUUGAGAUGAGUUCUCAGUUUUUUUACUCUGUUCUUUCAAGGUCACGUCAACAGGGAUGAGAUGGAGGGGAGUGGCUAUGUUUCACAUUCUCCUUUGUCUCUAUAUGUUAUUUAGUAAAGUCUGUAUUGUACAGAGCUCCUCCCCCCAGACUGGCUCUACCCCUCCAGAUUAUCUUGUAUUGUUAAUUUAAAAAUGAAGAAAUUAAGUUUUACCUUAGAAUCUUCUCAACAUGUUACAGCUAAAAAUGAAAAACAAAACAAAACAAAAAAAACCCUUUGCAAAUCACGUGUGCCAUUUCCUUACCUGAGCAUGUUGUCACCUAGAAGCACAUUUGAGAAUCACUGUAGAUGUAGCACUUGCUUUUGUAAGGGAAUGCACUAAAUAUUUUUAUUGUUAAUGUGAUAUAAUUUCUUAAAACCUGAAAUAUUAAUAUAUGUUACCUAUUGAAAAUUGGGGGGUUGAAUCUAUAAUGGUUGCUUUUAGGUUCUUGUGUUAGCAUUCUUAAGGGGAUACUGCUUUUAUUCUAUAUACACUAGAGAAACAACAUAUACAUUUCAUUCUUGAAAGGACUAGCUUUACAUAACUCCCAUAGGAAUAGUGUUUUGUAACAUGGGGAGUGUCUGGAGACAGAGCUUCAGGUAGCCAAGGUGAGCAGCAGCACCAGGCCAGGAUGCUCCUGCUUCCCCAUCCCAGUGCUGGGAUUGCCGUAGGCAUUUUGAUUGAAUAUAAUUUAACUUUCAUUGUAGCAUAAAGAGGAAACAGUUGGUUUUCCCUGUGGAAAGAAUGAGGGAUUCAGACAAUGCUGUAAACAAUAUUCCCUGACGCUACCAAGCCUGGCCACCAAGAACUCUUUGAAGAGGAGGUUUUAAGUCUUUGGUUUUGUAUCUCAACAGAUUAUGAGCAGAAUUGUUUCCAAGGCCAUUGAGUCCCCCGCUGUGUUAACUGUGGAUUAGCAGCAGACUGGGAUUGUGCAUUGUGCCUCCACACUCUGGUGAUUUAUUGGCACUUAUCUCUAGAGGCCGAUUUUAUGUGCCAACUUACCUGUGGCUUUGAAACAAAAUCCUCACACACCUGAACUUUAGUUUUGAAGGUCCUUUAUCUUCUGUCAGGGGUCACCUCAAGAUACAGCUUCUAGUCUUGUCUAGGCACACAUUGCAAAGCCUGUCUCAAGAGGUGGAUUCUGAUCUCAAUCUGCCCAUUUAUCGUGUAUCUAGUUGAUUUAAGACACUAUUGUUCAUGGCCAUCUUUUUGUUCUUCCCAAAGUGAGGACCUUUUAAAUAAGCCAAGCCUCAAAUAUGUGUUCUGUUUAAUAUUCUGAAGCCUUACGCACUGUCACUAUUUUUUCAAAUCUAAACUAAUAAGAGGAAUGCUUGUAGUGGUGCACCUGGGUGGUCUUACUCACUGUGUGAUCCCCACCCGAGCAUCACGUCCUCUAGUGUGUAUACAACACAGUAUGGAGAAAUAGCUUUCCUUUGGCUUAAGCUGAAUUUCUAACUAAAGACAGUGCAAAGGACAAGUUAUAUUCACCAAAAAAUGGCUUAGAAUUGCUUCUAAGCAGCACCCAUGUGUUUUGGAAACCCACUUCUACAAAACUUACCUUAUUUUUCUGGCUUUUCUGACUGGAUAGAAGUGGUUAGUGUGUGUGUUCACUGCUUCUAAGGCAUCCUAAACACUUGGCUUGGCAGUGCUGAAAGAGUAUCAUCAGCCAGGACAUCAGUGUGUUACAGACUGAAGCCCACUUGGCUGUGAAAAUGGCUGCUUUUUAAGGUCAUUGGUUUUCAUGUCUUCUCAUCUUUAUUCAUUUAAUAUUAGUGUGAAGACUGAAAUCCAAGAGCCAGGGUUGGGGGGAAAAAGAUAUAUUUUAAGAAUUAUAGGUGACCAAAGCUAUAUAGAGGUCAAUAGACCUAGGUGCUCUACACUGCAUUUCAUAUGGCUGGAAAGCCUGAAGACUGGUUAGCCUGCUAGGAUGGAAUCGGGACCUGUACUCACACAGAGGCUUCUUGAUUUUUUUUUUUUAAAGGCCAGUCCUCUGCAUUUUCUCCAUGCUAUGUGUAGAUGGAGUCUAGAAAUCAGAACAUCUGAAUGAAUGAAAAGGUUUUCUUGCACAACUUGUGAAUUUUUAAUUUAAAAAUAAUUAUUACCUCAUUUUUUACUCCACAGAGUGCUUUGCUUAAGUGUCAAAGCUUCCAUAAAACCCCCUUCACCCAAAUGUCUUUGAAUAUGCAGAAUGCCCUGCUAGAGGCAGUGUGAGUGCUGGGCCGGAUUUUUGUUUUCUUUGUUUCCCAGCAAGAAGGUGACCAGGUACACUUGAGCAAAGCACCCAGUAUUUAAUUCCUUACAGAAAGGAGAGGAAAGGUCUGCAGUUGGACUGAUGGUAUGCUAACACCGCAAAUGACUGUCAUUUGAUCUCAGAAGUUCAGGAUUGAUUGCUAUGUUUUAGCUCUAAUUGUGAGAAACAGUAGUCAUUUUAGUCUUAAAUUUUCCCUCAGGAAAUUCAGGGAGACUGAGCCUUCCUUCCCCCACCUCCGUUUAUUCUCUUGGAGUAAACUUUCAGUCUCAUGGUGAAUGUUUUUCAUCCAAAUUUCAUCUUGAAAGAGCUUAGCUGCUGUUUUCACUGAAAUUGUGAAAUACAGUGACGAUUAUGGCAUUUUCCAAUUAUGAGAUCAUUUUCUGUUUCUCCAUGCUGCUCUCUUUCUCAGAACAUAGUUUAAGAUAAGGAAAGAGCAAGCUCCUGGCAGUUCCGGCUUCACUGUUGCGUUUAUUCUAAUGGGAGUAUAAUGAUCAUAAUUGAACAUUCUCGUCUUCACACAUAACUUGGUGCUUUAUAACAGUAAGGAGAAACAGGCCCUGGAUUCGUUAUACUUUUAGCUUGGAUUGUAAAACUCUUUAAAUGUGCAUGUAUGUUCAUUUUAUAAGAUUUAAAUAUACAUUAUUAUCUAUUACAUCUCAGGCUCUGCAAGUGGUCUGACAGUAUCUUUGCCAAGCAGCUUGGUUCAAAAGACCAUAUUAUUAAUAGGAUCAAGGUGGGCCCUCUGGUGUUCACAGAGGAGGAAACAGUGUCUUUCAUAUCACAUACUGCUUCGGAACCCUAAGGAAGAAACUGAUGCGUGCGCCAUUGCUCUGAUACUUAAGUGCUAACCAAGAAACUGUCAAAGCAAAUACCAAAAGCAUUUCGCACCCUCACGCCCCACACAUGCUUCCAAACUUGUUUGAUUAUGAGGUUGUUGAAAGAAAAUGUUUUUUGAAUUUUAACAUUUUCCACUAUCAUGAAAUGCUUCUUUUAUAUGUUAGGUCAUAUUCAUGAUUUUCUUAUUUCUUCAAUUAUGUUCUAAUGAAUUGUGUGCAUGCCAACUUACCCAAGGAAAAAGAUGCAGUUUGCUCUGGACUGUUAAUCUGUUAGAGAGGUUUUGGCUCCUUUGCAAUCAUGGUGCAAUAUAGCAUGAUAUCCAUUUGUUUUCAGUCCACAGUUUUAUUUUUGUCAUAAUAAAUACUUUUUCAGUAUGAA